GCAUCGCUAGCUGCAACCUCAUCGCUUCCCCGAGGCGUAGAGCCAGCGCACGCCCACCUCUAUGCUCGUCAGGCUGGCUCAGAUACCUGGUCAUGCCUAGAUGGCUCACUCACCGGCCUGCCACUCUCAGCAAUCAACGACGACUAUUGUGACUGCCCUGACGGCUCUGACGAGCCUGGCACGCCUGCCUGCUCCGGUCUCAACCUCAAUGCCUCCUCCUCCUCCCCUCGCCCUCACGGAUUCUACUGUGCCAACACGGGCCACAUCCCCUCGUACAUCCUUAGCAGCCGCGUCAACGACGGUAUCUGCGAUCCUGAAUGUUGCGACGGCAGCGAUGAAGCCACAAAUCCAGACUCCUCGGUCUCAUGCCCGAACAUCUGCGCCAAGGUAGGCAAAGAGCAUCGCAAGCGACUAGCAGAGGCAGAGAAUAUCCGCCGUGCCGGCUCCAAGGUCAGGGCGGGGUACAUUGCUCAGACCAAGAAGAAGAUGGCUGAAGCCGAGAGUGAGAUUGCUAGGCUGGAGAUUGAGGUCCAAGUUGCAAAGGAGGUGGAGGAGAGAAAGAGGCAAGAGCUCGAAAGAGCAGAGAAGGUUGAUCAGGCGGUUGCGGAGCAGAAGAGAGCCAGCCCGCUCUAUGCUACUAUCAAGGAGCACCAGGAGGCGAUGAGCGUGCUGCAAAGCCGCGAGAACGAGCUGAAAGACGAGCUGCGCAAAUUAGCCAGCUUGCUGGACGACCUGUCUACCGGGUACAACCCAAAUUAUCAGGACAUGGCCGUCAAAGGGGCCGUCAUGGCUUAUCGCGCUUGGAGAAAAGGGGACGGUGGUGGACCUGCUGACAACGAGGAGGAGGCUGCUACCGAAGAAGGCGGUGACACCAAGGACAGCAGUGCGGCGCCAAUCGGAGAGAAUGUGCGUCUCAACGGCCUGCUGGACCAGGGCGAAUGGACGACGAGGCGAAUCGAGGAUUUGGCCAACAAGGAGGCCCUCGACUUGCUAGACGACAGUAUGUUCACUGCCGGCGGGGACGCAGACGACGAGAGUGCCGACGAGGACAACAUUUUGUUCCGCCUCCGCGAGUACCUACCCGACCCUCUGACUUCCCUCAUCGAUGGCAGCCUGGACCAGCUUCUCUCUCUCCUCGUCAAGACGCACCUCAUCCCCCGCUCAGCCCUCGCUCACCGUAAGAAGCGCCGCCUCGGUACGCCCUCUGGGGACGAGCCAGAGCCAGCCAGCGUAACAGCUGCUCGCCGCCAGUUAAAUGACGCCUCGAACCACCUCAACGAGCUAGAGAACGAUCUCGCUCACAAGCAAGAGGAUGUCGGCGUUGACGCAUCACGCUGGGGUCCGGAGAGCGAAUGGCGUGCUCUCAAGGACGUGUGCAUCGAAAAGGACAUGGGCGAGUACACGUACGAGGUCUGCUUCUUUGGCCAAGCAACGCAGAAGGCCAACCGUGGACAUGGUGGUAACGUCUCUCUGGGUCGUUUCGAUAAGUUUGAGCCGCUCAAGGAAGGGCUGAGCCCGGAGACGGAUGCACAGUUCUUUGGCAGGCAGGUGUUCAAUCGUGGACAGCGCUGCUGGAACGGGCCUGAGAGGAGUGCGAUUGUGUAUGGGGAGUGCGGAGCAAAGAAUGAGGUAUUGGAGGUGGCUGAAGCGGAGAAGUGUAUCUAUGAGGUCAAGGUCACGACGCCUGCUUUGUGCUGG